AUGGAAGGACAAAUUAAUAUAUUAAAAGACCUUCAACAAGUAAUUCAAAAAGCCUUUACUAAUUUUAAAAAGUGUCCAAAGGAUAGACUUACAGUAGAACAUAUACAAACAAGGCUUGAAUUAUUAGAAAAUGAUUGGUCUUCGUUUAAAAAUACUAAAUCUCAACUUUAUGGUCGGUUUAAGUUAGAAGACAUAGGUCAAAAGGUUGUCGAUAUAUAUGACACAACCGAAGAUACUUACAUAUCAUGUAAAUGUUUAAUGAAAUCAACGUUAAAUAGUGUAAGAGAACCGCUACCACAAGACAGUGGAUGUAGUAAUAAUUCUUCUAAGCAAUCUAAUUCAUUUGUAAAGUUGCCCAAGAUAACAAUUCCUACCUUUUCUGGCAAGUACAGUGAAUGGACAUCUUUUCACGAUCUUUUUAUUUCACUUGUACACAAUAAUGCAUCUUUAGAUAAUGUGCAAAAACUGCACUAUCUUAAAAGCCACCUCACUGGUGAAGCCGAACAGUUGAUUAGGCACACACCAAUCACAGAUGCCAAUUACCGCGAAUGUUGGUCUCAGUUAGAAAAGCGUUAUGCAAAUAAAAAGUAUUUAACCAGUUGUAUUUUAAAAAGAUUGUUCGGCCAGAAACGCUUACAUGUGGAAUCGGCUAACUCAUUAAAGGAGCUGCUAGAUACCACGAGCGACUGUUUAAAUGCAUUGAAAAAUUUGAAAAUCGAUGUAAGUACAUGGGACGUUAUUGUUAUCCAUAUAGUGACGUUCAAAUUAGAUAAUGAAACACGAAAGCAGUGGGAGUUAAGUGUUUCUAAUGACUCCAGCAACGAGUUGCCCACCUUUGAGCAGUUUCGGAUAUUUAUUGAAAGUCGUUUUCGCGCUUUAGAAUGUAUAGAGCCGAGGAAGGCUGUGGCUCACCAGAUCAAUAAUAGUUCUCACGUUCUUAGUUCGAAAGCAAUGCUGGCCACAAAGUCGUCGAAUAUUCGUUGCGAAUUUUGCUCAGAACUUCACAAGCUCUGUUUUUGUAAGCAAUUUGCAAAACAGUCCAUAGAAAACAGACGAGAGUUCGUAGCAAAAAAUAAAAUAUGUUUUAAUUGUUUAGGCGGAAAUCAUACAGUUUAUGACUGUAAAAAGCAGAAUGUCUGUAGAGUUUGCAAAAAGCGCCACCAUUCCUUGCUGCACCCUAAUAGAGAACCUAACGCUGAGAAUAAAGGCCAAGAUUCUACAGUAAAGUCCACUAUCGACAACGCCAGUUCUUCAAAUAGUGACAAUCAGAUAGUUACAUGCUUAUCUACGGGCAAAGUCUUAAAACCCAGACAGGUUUUAUUAGCCACUGCAUUAAUAAAGGCAGAGUCCAAGAUAGGUGAAUUUCAAACAAUUCGAGCCCUACUUGAUCAAGGAUCACAAGCAUGUUUUAUAACAGAGGCCACUGUCCAAUUUCUUAGGCUUAAGAAAAUUCCAGUCCGAGGUCACGUUUCAGGUUUAGGAGAUAAUAAGUCAACCAUUGCUAAUUAUAUGGUAAAUUUAAUUAUUAAAUCCACUGUUGAUCUUGAUUUUCAACUUCAAAUAAAUGCUUACGUCUUGAGUAAGAUUACAUAA